CACACCAUCCCCACCCCGGACGCGAAUCCAGCGCCACACACCCUACCCCACCCCACCCUCGCCGGAGAAGAAAGAUCCAUCCCAUCCAAUCCGCACCAGCCCAGCCCAUGGCCGACGCCGCCGCGCUCGUCGCCGUGCCGCCGCAGCAGCGGCACCCGCUGAGCCAGAUCGCGGCGAGCGGGACGCACCGGCUGCUGCUCAAGCAGUGGCUCAAGGAGGAGGACCUGCUGGCGCGCCGCGUCGCGCUGCGGGAGGCCCGCCUCGACGGCGCGCGCAAGGAGAUCGCCUUCCUCUACUGCGCCUUCUUCGCCUUCCACGCCGCCUCCGUCCUCGUCCUCUUCCUCUCCGCCUCCAUCCCCUCCCCCGGCCCGUACUCCUCCUCCUGCCGCCGCUCCUGGAUCCCCUGCCUCGUCUCGCUGCUCGCCUCCCUGGCCAUGCUCUGGGCGCUGCGGUACAAGGCGGACACGGAGGCCGUGCUGGAGCGGGUGCUGGCGCGGGAGCAGGAGGACGCCGCGCUGCUCGGGCGCUGCGUCGCCGAGCUCAAGCGCAAGGGGCUCGAGUUCGACCUGCUCAAGGAGGUGGACGCGCUGCGCAGGGCCAAGGCCCUCCGCGUCGAGGCCAAGGCCGGCGCCGACGGGCCCAGGCGCUGGCCCGCCAGGGACCUCCCCGUCUUCGCCCUCUUCGGCGCGGCAUGCGGCGUCCUCGUGCUCACCAGGUUCCUGCUCUGCAACUAAGCCGGAUCUCACGAACCAUAGAUCGAUUGAUGUUCUGUUCUGUUCGUUCCUGCAGAACUGUUUGUUCUGCGAAUUUUGAUGUCUGUAAUAAGGAUAAGAUCUGAUGCGUUUAGUUUCGUCUGUGUUGGUGUUUGCUGCUAUACCAGAGGGGCAAAAUUACACUCCCAAACCUCAAGUGUAUGAUGACCGACCAUGAAGAUACAUGUUAAUCCCCAAAA